AUGGACGAGCAGAAAAAGGGUAUUGCUGAGAGUACGGAGGAAAAGCUGGAGACGCAUUCAUCACCAAACGUUGUGAUUUGUGGGAAGAAGGAAGAAGAGAAAGCAAUUGUAAAGAAAGAGCAGACGAAGAAUGCUGUGAAUGUGUCGCAUUCUGUUGCGAAGCAGGGAUCAGAGAUGGAUGAAAGGAGUUUGUCGAGUCGAUUAAAGCCAAUUAUGGAUGUCAGCUCGAUCAAGAAGGAUAUUCUAAAGGCUCUGGCAGACGCGAGAAGCACGAUUGCAGGGAUUAAAAAGAGCGGUGUGGGCGGUGAUUACAUCACGACAACUCCAACGUCAGCACCAUCAUUGGUUUUGAAGGAGGUUGUAGCGGACGAAGAAGAUCAGGAUGCGAUUUUGCCGAAGAAGCAAGCAAUGGAGCUGGUUGGAUCGCCACAGAAUACAGAUCAGUCACCGAAAAACACGAUCUCUGGAGAAGGUACUUCUGACAGUGGAUACACUGCGGAUGAGUUCGACAUGUUUUCGAUGGCGGCUCUAGACGAUCAUGAUGGCGCGAUGGACGGUACGAAUGGUGUUGCUGCUAUCACGGUGGACGAAGUGUCGCUGCAGUCGAGCCGCGAUGACGAAGAAGGGUAUUACUAUACCACUAUUGGAGAGGUGCUGAAUGGAAAAUAUCGCGUGCUUGGUAUUGUUGGCAAGGGCGUGUUCUCCACGGUACUGCGUUGUCAGUGCAUUACUCCUUUGGAGAUUGCAGGCGGCAAAGCACUAAACUUCGUAGCUAUCAAGAUAAUUCGAAACAAUGACAUCAUGCGCGAUGCCGCGCAAACAGAGCUCAAGGUAUUGAAUGAGCUCCGAGAGCGCGACCCUCGCGACAAAAAGCAUUGCAUACGGCUACUAGAUUCGUUUUCUCACCGCAGUCACGUCGCGAUGGUAUUUGAACCGAUGCAAAUGAACGUCAGGGAGGCCAUGAAGAAGUUUGGCGGAAAAGGUGGCAUUUCGAUCCAGGCUGUAUGCGUCUUCAGUAAGCACCUGCUCAUGGCGCUUAAUCAUUUGGAGACGUGUGGGGUAAUUCACGCUGAUAUUAAGCCGGACAACAUUCUGCUUGAUGAGAAGCAAACGACGAUCAAACUUUGCGAUUUCGGAUCCGCUUAUAAAGCGGACGAUGGGAAGCAAGAUCCGACACCAUAUUUGGUCAGCCGUUUUUACCGCGCGCCCGAGAUCGUGCUGGGCCUCGUUUACGACAAAGCGGUAGAUAUGUGGUCUGUCGGCUGUUGUUUAUACGAAAUGUUCACUGGCAAAGUUAUGUUUCCAGGGAGCACGAACAACGAGAUGCUCAAACUUUUUAUGGAGCUCAAAGGCAAGAUCCCGAACAAGCUGAUCAAGAAACACCGCCAGACGUACAUCGACCAUCUUGAAAUGGAGCCACACUUUACAGAAGAUCUCAAGUUUUGCAGUCGAGAGAGCGACCGUGUCACAGGUAAGCCCGUUUUGCGCUUGAUGGACACCUUUAAGGCGAAGAGCGAUCUCAUUAGCAGUCUAAUGGUUGCUAAAAGUGCCACUGACGACCGAAAGCUGGUGCUGGAACUCCGGAACCUGCUGGAUCGGAUGUUCACGCUGGACCCGUCGAAGCGCAUCUCGGUUAAAGACGCACUGGCGCACUCGUUUGUGAAGGGAGGACAAGAACUGAAGACGCAACGAUAG